AUGGCGUACAAAGAUGAGAUAGAUGAUGCUUUUGAUGCGGCAGUUUUCCUGGAAGAAAGGUACCUUUUUACUCUCUUGAUACAAUAAUUUUGGAAUUUUCUUAAUCCAUUAAAAUUUUAUCUUUCAGAUUUUACGAAAAAGGCUACCAAGAAGGCUUUCACGAUGGAAAAAUCAAAGGUCUUCAAGAUGGAAGACAGCUGGGUUUAUUGAAAGGGUGUGAAAUUGGCGGCGAGGUUUGUGCUCGGAGUCAUAAUAAAUCAGCUGAUAGUCGUGAAAUUCUAUAACAAAGAGAAUACUCGUUUAGGAUUCUGUGCUUUCACUGUCACGCCGUUAAAAAUAAAAAUGCGAACCAGUCGAUGCAGAAAGCCCAGAAUUAGGGAAAUGAAAGAAGAUGAAUAUUCAAAAAGCUUCGCCAAGCAUCAGGUCUGUACGAUAAUUCAUAGGCUUUGUAUGAAGACGCCAUGUUGGUGUCUCUUUGAGCUUCUUUGAGGGGCACAAAUAUGGCCGCCGCAAACCAACAGAAACAUCUGUUUUUGAGUUUUACUUAUGCGUGAAUUACCCGGGGGGGGAGUAUACUCCCUUAUAAGGGCUUAAUGGGGACGUGCGGCCAUCCAGGGUAUGUUUUUCGGGAUUUUUGUCUUAAACAGGUUCUCAAUUUAUCAUUUUUUGUCUUAAUCAGGGUAUCGAUUUUAUAAAUUUUUGUCUUAAAUAGGAUAUCUUUUCUUGGACGAUAAACAGCCUGCGCGUAUGUCCUACGAACUAAACUACAGCAAAAUUUUUAUUUAUUACAGUGAAACCUGUAUUAAGCAGACACUCUCUGGGAAUGCUGUAGUGUCUGCUCAAUACAGGGUGUCCGCCUAAUAUGGGUUUCGAGCGACAACGUCAUAUGAGGUGUCAAAUGCCAUUCAAAUGAACAGUGGAAACGUUUAGAAUGCUCCCAGAGGCUAGGACGAUAUAUGUUUGCAUUAAUUUCUUUAUUAAAGUGGACCAAUUGCUCACAGUACCAUAAACAUAGAUUUCAAUUCAAAUUUGAAGAAAUAAAAUGAGUGAAACAAGCUCUACACAAACAAAACAAAAUGGAAAACAAUACUGUACUGUGAAACUAAUCAAAUAAGUUCAUCAAGUCACGUUUUUGAAUGUAAAAAUCGAAAAAGUUGUAGGUGGCAAUUCGAGGCAAUCUUUCGCAUUUCCAGUGACUAGCAUGUUAGGUGGUGGAAUUUAAUUACAAGUGUCUGUUUAAUACAGGUUGGCAACAAUAGAAAUGACCAUGUCAGGUACUUUCUAGGUGUCCGCGUGCGCUUAAUAGAGGUGUGCGCUUAAUAAAGGUUUCGUUUAAAGUAAAUAAGGAAAAUAAAUUUUGGGACUUCGGUUACUGUCCGCUUAAUAGAGGGUGUCCACUUAAUACGGUGUCUGCUUAAUACAGGUUUCACUGUAUUGUCUUACACAGGGUAUGGUUUCGGGUUAAAUGUCUUAAACAGGGUAGGAAAAUCAGUGAUUUUUUGUCUUAAACAGGAUCAGGGUAUGAGGGCCCAGUCCACACCUUCCCACCCAAGGAUAUAUUGAGUACCCCCCCACCCCGGGUGAAUUCAUCGCUUGCGGAACUCAUAAAGAUUAAAGUAAUAUUUAUUCUAACACAAGGAAUGUUUAGCUAGCAAAAUCUCAGAAAAUCAGAAACGUUUUUAACCCACGUAAGAGCUUUCCGGGCCACCAGCUAAAUGCCACAUCACGCAAAAGCCUGGAAUUCAAGCGCCUUCUAUCGCAAAAUGAAGAACCCUUUGGAACUGAAAAUUUGUGCAAUAAAGGUUUUUAGGUGCUGUAAUACGUCAUGAAAGUAGAAACUCGGAAGAACCGAUUGUUUCUUAGUUUGAAUUUCGGUGACUUCACGUGAAAACUUCUAACAGAUACGCCAAGGUAAAUCUAAGAAGAUGGUUGAAGCUGGUAGUGUGAAAGUUGACAAACAGCAGUUCUUUCUGGGACGUUCUAAAUAGGAAACCAGUCAUUUUGAUACAAACUCGAGCACUUCAAGUAUAGUUUGUGAGUGAACAAGAAAAACAUUUUGGGUGAAUAUCUUUGUUCUUUAAGCCAAGUACGUGGAACUAUUUACAUCUCUAAUGAAUAAACUUGUAUUGAAAUGACUUGUAUUGAAACAACUUUGUAUCGAAACAACCAGUAAGUCCAGUAACCUCGAAACACAUUGACCCUGCUAGGCAUGAACCCAAACCUCUUGAUCCAGAGUCAGUACACUGACCAUUGCAUCACCUUACCUCCCACUUAAGUUGCUUCUUUGUGUUAAAUACAGUAUUUAAUGUGUUGCUUAAAUAUGUUGCAGGUUGGGUUUUAUCUUGGGUUUGUUUCGUUGUGGCUUGAAAUUCAGCUGGAAAGUCCUGAUGCAAAGCCAAGGUACUGCUUUCAGUACAAUACAAUACAAUACCCUUUAUUUAACAUGGUCAGUGUUCUUAGCUAAUUAGCUACUUUAUAGACAUGCCACGAAAAAUAAAUAAAUAAACUAGAAAUAAUAAUAGAAAGAGAAGAUUUCUCAUAAAAACCUAUAUAAAAAUAUGUAUAUAUAUAUACAGUUAAAAAUUAUUCAAACUAAGAGUAGGUGACGAGAUUAUUACGUUUAACAAUAAUUAGUUCAUGCGUCAGCAUGCGUAUGUUGAGAUAUUGAGCACGUGGGAAGUUUGGAGAGCAUGAAAGAGGCGUAAGAGUUGCACGAGGCACAGCCGAGUGCAACUCUAGCCUCUUGAGUGCUCUCCAAACUUCCCAAGUGCUUAAUAUCUCAACAUACGCACAGCUGCAGCAUGAACUAAUAGUUUUAUAACAUUAUCAAAGUGAUCAAUGCAGCAGUUAAUUUAAAACUUUAUUAUUGUAGGGCACGCUCAAAGCAGUGCGGUCAAUGUUUACGUGACUAUGUUUUUUUUCCUCACAGUUAAGCUUAUGUUUUUAUCCUGAAACUGAGAGAAAGUCUACUCUAAGAUUAUUGUAAAAUCCAUAUUUAGGUGCCGGAAAGCUAUUAAUUGACCGAAAAAUUGUUAUUGAGGGAAAAAGAAUUUGCAAAGAAUGAGCUCACGCCAUAGUCCGCACAGCUCGCGGAGAUGACAACAACAACAACAACACUCACCUCUUUCCUUACUAUCGGUUAGCAAAUUCAAACGUUUCCUCUUAGAUUUCCUUAUAAAACACAUGGUAAACGCUUCAUUGUGUACUGCUGAGUUAUGGUUGCACUCAGGAGACUCAGGAUUGCUAAGCUCACAUUAACAACUUGAGGAAUUACGUUGAGUUUAUGAAUGUUAUCAGCGUGCUCAAUAGGAAUAUGAAGCCCGCUCCCGCUAUUGAAUUUGAUAAGGCGAAUUUUCUAGCUCUGUUAUAAAAUGAUGCUAAAACUAAGCAAAAUGUAUUUACAUGUAUUUGCGCGAUUAAAAUGUAAAAUUUGAGAAAUCCAACUUAGACAUUAAGUUCUUAAAUGUUCUGAUUUUAUUAGUGGCGCAAAACUGAUCCGGAAGAGCGUUCCAAAUCUUAGCUGCAGUAUAAUGCCACGAUUUAAGUCCAUAGGUGGUUGUAUUUACUUUGGGUAGCUCGAGGAUGUGUUUUCCUCUAAGAUUAUAAUUCGUUGAUCGUUCAUGCAAUAGCUCUCCUUUUCCUGUAGGGACUUUAUCUCCGUGGAUAGCUUUGUAAACACCGGUGGCCAUUUUAACAAUUCUUUGAUUAAGUGGGGACAGCAGGUUUAGUUUUUAGCAACGUCUCGUACGUGGUUGACUUGUCACAGGUCACAAAGCGAAGGGCUUGUUCAUUGAUUUUUUCAAGUUUGGCACAACCUCUUUUACCACAGUGAUGCCAUGACUCUGAGCAGUAAUUGAAAUGCGGUGCAGUGAAAGCACGAUAUAUAUCUAUCCUCAAUUCAAAUGGCAAUAUUUUCUUCGAACAAUUGAGAACAGCAACCUGUUUACUAACUUUACGACAGAUUUUACGAAUCAGUGGUAAUUGACCAGUGGAUAUAGUGAAGUUCCUCUGUAUUUUGAAUUCGCACCCAAAAAAACUUCUCUUCCUGGUCAGGCAAGAAUCUGGCACGUUUGAGAAUGCCAUUAUAUCUAUAUUUUUACAAAUAUAUUUUUAUGUCCUGUUGUCUGAUUUUGGAGAGACUGUCAUCAAUGUAUACCAUUGAGACUUGAUUGCUGUUUUCCCUCAGGUGUGUCAAAUUGUUAGAGACCGUUAAGGAGAUGCUUCUGAGCUUUCCUAUCAAUGAUCCCACAAAUGAAGAGAUGUUUGCUAAGCUUGAGAAAAUUCGGGCCAAGUUUAGACAGGUAACAUAUGUACAUUGUACUGUCAAGUCUUGUCUUUCCUCAAAUAAAUGUAUACAUAUGCAUGUGGACACGGGAAAAAAUAACACAUUCCCAUUAUUGGAUAUUUUAGGGUAUUUAAAGAAUAGCCAUAAAAAUCCCAAAUUUGGCAAAGUGAGACAAGUCCCAACAAGGGAAUUCCCAACCAAGUUCCCUAGUUGGGACUUGUUUCACUCUUCCAAAUUUGGGAUUUUUGUGGGUCUUCUUUAAAUACCCUAAAAUAUCCAAAAAUGUCAACCUGUCUUUUUUUGCUGUGGUGGAUAGGAUGGUAUUUCAAAGAAACAAUUCUCUUUGGUAACAUCACACGGUCUGAAAUGGGAAAGCAAAACUAAGACGCUUGUAAGAGACUGCAAUAAGCUGUUACAAGAGAAAUACACACACUUUAAUGAUUACCAAGUAACUUAUUUAACUGCCCAAAUAUCGAGCCAUGGGUGCUGAAAUAUAAGACACGCUGUGCAAUGCUAAUGUAACUAACAAACACUCCUACUUACCUGGUUUGACACUCGUCACAAAAACAUACAAGCUAAAAAGUUAUUGAACAAGCCAUGAAGUUGAGAUUUUAAAAUAGACUUCUGCUUGGGGGCUUUUGCAAACAUAAAACCAAAUACAAAUUUUAAUUGAACACUCCUGCCUGUUUUACUGAACAGUACAAAAAAAAUGAAUAGAAUUACAGAUUUCAUUGCAUUUUUAUUGUGAAGUAUUUUGUAGCAGCUAGCUUUGAUUUAAUAAGAAAUAUAUCAGUAAGUUUAUUGUCAUUGACUAAUAUUGGUGAAAUUUCUAUUGCAUCAGGUAUGCUCAUUGCUUGGAGUAAGUGUUGAGUAUCAUGGUGGUGGAAAUGUGUCAGGAAUGUCUUUUUGAAAACACCACAGUUAUCAGGAAAGAGGAGUACCUCGUUCAGCCUGGAAACUGCUGAAGCUUCCUAAUCCAAUUGAGAUCCUUGUAAGGUAAUCAUCAUUAAGUAGAUGAUAUAUAGCCUGAAGUGCAGGUGGUUUCUUCAAGCAUGUGGAUGUUUUUUCUUGUGAAAGUGCCAUGUUGAAACCCUAAGAGUUGCUAUUUCUACUCUCCCCAGUCUUUCUGUCAUAAAAUCAAAGAUGGUGGCCUGUCCAAAAUACGCCUGCACUGCAGGUUAUGUAGAGAAAAAAGAAAUGGCCAAUAGAAUACUAGGUCACUGAAUAUAUUUCUGUGUGUAAUUGUCUCUCAAUUUCAUGAUACUAAGCUAGACUUUCUUUCAUGUGACAGACUGACCAUGACCAGACAGGAAGAAAAGGAGAACCGCCAGCGAAAAGAGCAAGAGAAAGAUCUACCUCCACGCCCACCCCCACCAACAUCUUAUGCCCCAUAUUCAUUAAUCCAUUCCAGUCACAUUCCACUCAGUCAACUAUCACAAUCCAAAAUUCAGCUUUAUGCCAUCUGCAUGCCAUAUACACACAUUCACCCGUGCGACCUUCCCCUCUACCACAACAUCAUCAUACACACAACCACCCUUGUCACAACUUCCACACUUCAUAUCCCACAUCCCACAUGUGUCAUAUCUAACAUAAUCACCCCUACCACAAAUCAUAAUUACAUCAUGAGCAUUCAGUUUCACAUCCCAGACUCUGGAUAUAUUAACUAUCAUUCCCUCACUAAACUCGUACACAUUCCACUCUCAGCACCACCACGUCCAUCCACAAAAUCCAGUAGCAACCACACCACACCACAACACACAGGAUGAAGAGUCGCAUACCUUGUAAAUAUGAUAAAUAUUGUGAAUGUAAGAG